UUGAACUUUCCUGGUACUUUGAACUUGACUCUUAAUUAUACCAAAGAUAAAAGACUGAUGUUUCUAGAAAGUUAGAGAGGUUAGAAAACAGGCGUUUACUUGACAGUUGACAGCACAACACCAAACAGAACUGAAGUGAACAAAAGUGCAAGAACAAAAGUGAAAUAAAUAAAACUCGCAAUGAAAUUCUAACGUUUUCUCUUUGUUGUUUCGAUCUCCGUCGAAUAUUGAAUAUGAUGGAACUAUUUCGUACCGAUGACUUCUAUAUAUUCGUCAAAGAUGAGCACUCACUCUGGUGGGACAGGCAAACUGGUGCAUUCAUACCAAAAACAGGCUGGGAUUUAGCUGAUGCUGAAGACCCAACCUGUUUGGGUAUUUGCUAUGGCCUGAUUGGAAAAGUAGACCACCCAUCAGUGUUUGACCCCAGAUUACUCAUCAUCAGAGAAUUUACUACUGUGGGGAAAAUCCACAGUAAUCAUGAAGUGUACAAAAUUAAAUCAAUCGCGUUUCUACAUCUUGGGCCUGAAAAUACCGAGUUAAAUCUGCAUGAAUGUCACAAGCAUCGGGUGAAAUCCGCGCCGAAAAAGAACACGUCGAAUCCAUUCAUUGAUCUGCAGAAGAACGUUGCGUUUACAAAAACAUUAGGAACGUUGAAAAGCGCUGGGAAUGUUAUUAAAAGCACUACGCAGCAGGCGGCGGCGAUGGCUGUAGGUUCUCCUUUGAAACGCGAUGCCAAAGAAAAGGAGAAGUUUGAGAGGCAGAUAUUGGAGGAGUUCUUGAAGAUCUUCAAUGACACGAAUUCGUUUUAUUUCUCACAUACGUGCGAUGUUACCAGCUCAUUGCAGAGGCUAUGCAAUAAUGAAAAGAGUAAAGAAUUUGAAGGGAUGCCGCUGUGGAAGACGAUUGACGAUCGAUUUUUUUGGAAUAAACAUAUGUUGAAGCAAUUAAUUGACACUGAGAGUCCUUUGGUGGAUCCAUGGAUUAUGCCAAUUAUUCAGGGAUAUAUUCAAAUAGAAGAGUGCAAAGUUGAGUUGGAUCAGGAUAUUAAAGGUGUGAAAACUAGUCCGAAGAUUGAAAUCUUUAAGAUUUCGAUUGUUUCAAGAAGAAGUCGCUUUAGAGCCGGGACAAGAUACAAAAGAAGAGGAGUAGAUGAACAAGGAGAGUGCGCAAAUUACGUCGAAACCGAACAAUUAAUCGCUUAUCAGCACCAUGAAGUCUCAUUCGUACAAGUGCGUGGUUCUGUACCAGUAUACUGGUCCCAACCUGGUUAUAAAUAUCGCCCGCCACCGCGUAUUGACAAAGGCGAAGUGGAAACAAAGGACGCCUUCGAGUGCCAUUUCAAAAAAGAAAUCGCCCGCUACGGUCCUGUUUGCGUCGUGAAUCUGGUUGAUCAAUCCGGCAAGGAAAAAGUAAUCUGGGAUGCGUACUCGCACCACAUCUUCGAAUUCAACAGUCCGUUUGUCACCUACGUUACAUUUGAUUUUCACGAAUAUUGCCGCGGCAUGCACUUUGAGAAUGUGUCGAUUCUUAUUAAUAGCAUUGCUGAUAUUAUCAAAGAUAUGAAUUAUUGCUGGCGUGAUCGACAAGGACACAUAUGCUCCCAGAGCGGAGUGUUUCGCGUGAAUUGUAUUGAUUGUCUCGAUCGUACUAAUGUUGUACAAACGGCGAUGGCGAAAGCCGUCAUGGAGAUACAAUUCUGUAAACUUGGGCUAAUUUCUCCGGAGGGAGUGAUUCCCGAUUCGAUUAAGAGCAAGUUUCAAUUACUCUGGGCUAAUAAUGGAGAUACUAUCAGUCGGCAGUAUGCAGGCACAAACGCACUUAAAGGUGAUUAUACAAGAACAGGCGAAAGAAAAUUCACUGGCAUUAUGAAGGAUGGCAUGAAUUCGGCAAACAGAUAUUAUCGAAAUCACUUUUCGGAUAAUUUGGUCCAAUGUUGUCUAGACUUAAUGCACGGUAUUCCGGUGACGGUGGGCGACUUGCAGGAUGUGUGGGCGCACCUGAACACAUUCGGUAACAUCGCCAGUGAAUUGGUGGUGCUGCCGCCUCCGCCCGCUAUUAGCACACACAGUAACCUAGCGCAAGAAUUCGAACUCGCGAACGCGCUGUUUUACAUGUAUAGAUAUUACUUAAGUCGCUUUAAAGACGCCACGCGCCAAGGCACCAUCGAUCUGAUGUUAGGUAACUACGUCGGUGAGGAUAUGUUUGACAGUCGCACAAACUUCGAAGAGGAUAGUCUAGCUACAGCUGAACAUGUGAAACUUGUCAUUGAGGAUUCAAAGAAGAUGUUGAUUAAUAAUCCUGAAUUGGUUGUGGGUUCCUGGGGAUUGAUAAACGCGGAUCCUUUCAUGGGUGAUCCGAAUGAAACGGAAAUGGACGCCAUUUUGAUUCUUACCAAAGAUUCGUAUUAUGUGGCCGAUUAUGAUGAUCAAGUGGAUAAAGUCACCAAGUAUCAGCGCGUUAUGUUGGAGGAUGUUGUUAUGUUUGAAAGUGGCGUACCAGAAGCAAGUUCCGGUUUGUUUAAGACAAACAAGAGUUUCUACUGCAUACGUAUUAAUUAUAAAGUUGAUGGAGUUGACGGGUAUUACCACAUGUUGCGUUCGACGAAUCUGCGAUUCUUCAACAAUAUGGCGGUGGUUAUUAAAAACCACGAGGAAGAAAUUGAGUCUUUGAAGUCUAUUUGUGAGAGUUUCAUUGUUGCGAUGGAAAUAAAUAAUCUACGCUCUGUACCGUUCAUGCAAGGCCGUAAAUUGGACAGAAAAAAGUCGAAAGUUGUCGCUGAAGGAUUAACCGGAAGUAAUAUUUAUUUGGACGUCGUGGGAUUACCACAUCUCACCCGCAACGUGUCCGAAAGUCAAUUAUUAGCCUUAAAAAACGCAGGUUCUAAGGCUUUGUCCAAUAUGUCGCAGCAGUUUUCCAAGUUGAAUCGUCUCGGAUCCAGUCUGAAACCCAAGAAACCGCCGAAGUUCACCAUCGGUAAGAAGAACGAAAGCUCCAGCGACUCUGAAGAAGAAUACGAAACAUCUAUUUUCCAACCGAAUGCAAUCGAUGGUUCACCUUUACUACAAUUUGACUCGGCCGCCUCGGAUAAACAAUUUGUGAUUGAUCAAGCCAUCGAAGCGCUGGAAGACAACAAACCAGACUCGUUCCUACCCAGCGUUGGGAUUGUAAUGGGUGCUAAACCAGAGGACUCGCCACCGGAAGAUAUACUCGAAUGUAAAAACAAUCUGGUGAGUCCCGUUAACUUAUCACAUUUGUGCAACGAACAAAUCACCAGUAUCGUUCAGAACGUCUCGCUUCAAAACCCCGAGAUCCAAAUCAAUUCGAGUAGUUUUGAAGCGUCGGAUGUGAUGCGUGCACAACCACCCAAUACACUGAAAUUGGAUAAAAAGCACAGUCACUCAAGCGGCGAAGUCCGCCACGAUAUACCCGUGAAGGAAACAAUCGAAGUGUUUCAUUCCGAUGUGAAUAUUUCGCAGAGUCAGAGUGAGUCAGCGCUGAAGAAUAAAUUGGUGAACUUAACAAGUCCGGUUGCUUCGGCUACGAAAGGCCUGGUUAUUUCACCAUUGAGUAAAAUCGCGAAAGGAGUGCAGAGUUUCGGCGCGAAUUUGGAUCCGAGAAAAAUGAACACCGGAGUUGUGAGGCAUAUCAGCGAGCGCGAGUAUGAAGAACACCGUAAAUUGCAGGAGAAGUGGAGGAACAGCAAGACAAAGCUGAUUGCACUAUAAAGCUUUUAGAUUCUUAUGUGUUUUAAGUCCCUGUUUGAGUGCGACGUGUAAGUAAAAAGCAAGUAGAGGAAGCUUUAAGCUGCAGUAUUAUUGAAUUCGGGUGAUUAGGUGAUACAAUGCGCAAUAUUCCAAAGUUAUUUAUGUUUAAAGAAAGAGAAAUAAUGUUUUAUCGAUUUUACUCUAAUUUAUAAAAUCUAUUUGGUGUAAGUCAUGUGAUUUAAUUUAAACAUUCCAAAUGAUGACUAUAAUGAUAAUAACUUGUGUUUCUAAAGAAUAAUUGCUGGAUAGUUGGGCCAAUUUCCAUCCUUCAAGUCUGAAUCUGAGAUUAUACAAACAACUUACUAAAAACUUACAAUUUUUCGGUUUUGAUGAGAUAUUUCAGCAUGAACAACUUAAAAUAAGCUUGGAAAUAUUUACGCAAGCUUGUAGCGAAUGAUACAAUGGAAUUUGAUGCACCAAUAUUGCAAUUAUAUACAUUAUUCUGUAAAUGUGUACACCAUCUUGCCCUGUUGAACAGUUAGAAGUUUAGGUUAUGUUACGCUUUUUAUAAAAAUAGCUAUUGUUAGCAUGCAAUGCGUUCAACUUAACUUGAAAAGACAUUACAGAUUCAUACAGUAGCAUUUCAAAGUCAAUUAAUUAACUUAUAAUGUGUAUCUAGUUAACUAUUAAACUAAAAAUACGAAUGAGCAUAGAUUGGUUGCAGUUCAAAGUAAUUAGUCCGACGUAUUGUACAAAUUUUGCAUAUUUUUCAAUGUGAACAGUUUGGUUUGGUUUUGACGUAUACAUUUAUAUAUAGAGGACGCAUAUAGGACUGAAGUAUGAGUGUGAUGAAUAGCGUAACAUUUGUAGAGCGUUUUAAACCGAACUGAAAAUUUGUGAAACUAUGCACCAGACCUAGCGAUGGCUUUAUUUGCUACAUAUAUCUAUGUAAGGACAUUGUUAACGUAUACAUCCAUUAUAUUAGAAGUUAGAGCAUCAGUAACACGUAUUAAUGGCAAAUAAAAACAAAAAAACAUCGAAAUGCUAGCAAUUUAA